UUCUAAUGGCGGAAAAGCGGCAAUCGUCGUCAUAGCUUGUGAUUUUCUUUGAGAUGCAAAAAUGUCGAAAAUGGAUCGCCAAUUGAAUUCCACAAAGGAUAAACAGACUAUUUACGAGAUAUAUAGAGCAUGUCGUUUGUGUGGAGCCGGUGCUGGCUAUAAAAUGCCUAUAAUACAAAAUGUAAUUGAUCUAGGUGACAGUGAAAUAGAGCUUCGGCAAAAAGUCCGGGAAUGUGUGCAAAUUGAGGUACACCAAGACGAUAAGAUGCCACCUCUAAUAUGUGAGCUGUGUGUGGAUAAAGUGAAUGACUUCUACGAAUUCUUGGAGAUGUGUCGGCAGACCAACAAACGGACGAGGUUGAGACUCGGUCUACCUCCACAAUCCAUGCCGAAAGGAGCUCCUGACGCCGGUGAAUGUAUCCUGGGUCUGACGGAGCCGGUAUACGUGAACGAUGACUCUGAUGAUGGAGAGCCACUGUCCAAGCAGAAGAAGACGACCAAAGUUAAGGUCAGGAGGGAGCCUGAGUUGAAAGUCAAGCUGGAGCACACGAUACCAGACACGCGCAACACUCGGUUCACGCGCCGUGCUCCCACGCCGCCGCGGUCCACCAGGCAGCGGCAGAACUCUAAAGAGGAUAAUGGAUCUUUAAACCGAUCCAAGGAGUCAAAAUCUAAAUCACCCAAAGUGACACCCAAGUCUAUUCUAAAGAGGGAAUCUGAGGAUGACGAUUCGCUGCUGACUCCUCGCCUGAAGAGGUCCAGGGACCGGGAGCCGGUCAAGUUGGACACUAAGGUCAAAAAAGUCAAAAUAGCUAUAAAGCCGGCAUCACCCCCGAAAUCGUCUCCGAAGUCUUCGAAACCAGGCAAGUCCGCCAAGAGCACCCCGCCCCCCAAGCGAUCAGCGUCUCCGCCCCGGCUGUACCAGUGCGCAGUCUGUGGACAGAAUAACAAGACUCCGCAGGCCAACAGCAACCACCAGAGGUCGCAUACUGUCGGGUUUACUAAUCCUAAACUAGCGUGCAACCCGUGCGGCGAGUGGUUCCGCUCCCCGGACGAGGCCACCGCCCACCACCGCCGACAUCGGAGCAAGCACAUCCCAUACACCUGCAGUAGAUGUACUGCCAACUUCAGGCUGCUGGCUGCAUACGACGAGCACUUCGGCACGGACCAAUGCAUCCCGUUCCCGGAGAUGCCGGAUGUGAAGUGCGAGGUCUGCUGGCACCUGUUCGCGACCAACAAGCUGUACAGGGACCAUCGCUGUCUCGGCGAGGAGAACAGGCCCGGCGGCAAAUGCUCGAAGUGUAAAAGGAACUACGCGCUACUGAGGAACUUGAAGAAACAUGAACCCACUUGUACGGCUAGGAAGAAAGGUGAACUGAACGUAGACCCGGAGUUGCUGAAGCAGUUGCAACCGAUGCAGGUUCGAGUCUCGCGCUGUGACCCCCUGCUCAGGAAUGUCAAGCAGGAACAUUACGAUGUGUCUAAUGUUCCAUAUGAUUACGGCCUCGACAAAAACUGCUACUACCCAUACAUAACGGGACUUCGCAUCAAACGGGAACCGUACCUAGACCACAUGGUAACCAUACGAGACGACAUCAAAAACGAGUUCUACGCCGCAGAAGACUACGUACACUGGGACUCAGAAAGCGAGAGCGAAGCAGAAUCCUGCUCCUUAAUCCCCAACUCUUCUGUAAAAGAGAAGAAGAUCGAUUCCCUAGCGAAUCUCUCACUAAAGACUCUCUUCUCAAGAAGGUGUUUAGGUAAAGUGCCUAAGAAGAGAAGAAAGGUUAAGCCGGAGAAGAAUUUAUUUGAUUCCUUAUUAAAUGAAGAAGAUGAUGUUUCAAAUGAUAUUAAUAAUAUAAUUAAUAAUUUACAAGAUUAUGUGGAUAACGAUAACGGAGAUAAAAAUAAUGAAUUUAACGAUAGUGCUAACAGUGAUGUGGUUGAUGGUAACGGUGGUGUUUUUAACGAUAGCUCAGCUAUAAGCAACGAUGAAAGUGAAAUCAGUGUUGAGUGCAACGUUACAAGUUCAAAUUUAACUAGUGCUAACGAUAACGACUCUAGCUGUGUAAGUAAUAUGAAUAACGGUAAUAUAAUUAACGAUAAUGAAGUUAGGAAUAACGGAGAUACAAUUAGUGAUUUAGGUAAUAGUGAGAAUAAUGAUUUUAGUCGUUUAUCUAAUGAAAAUAAGGUUGAUAAUUGCUCGUCUAAAGACGAUAGUGAUUCGAUUAAAGUUUUUAAUGAAAAUAGUCAAGAUUCGAAUUCAAUUGGAACGGCCAGUGAGAGCUUACUACAAGAUUAUACUCAAAACGAUGUAAUUAGUGAAAAUUAUAAAGAUAACGAUAAUAAUUCUCAUAAUAACGAAAUAAAUCAAUCAGAGAACGAUAAUACCAGUCUAGAUUCGAAUUUAACGGAGAAUAAUUCGAAUUUAACGGAAAAUAAUGAUGUGAAAGAUGGUUGUAACGAUAAUAAUCGUUAUGUCGGGAAUAACGAUGUGAAGAACACAGUCAGUGUUAUCGUUAGUAACGAUAGGAUUAAGAAUGAUUUGGAUGAGGAUGCGAAGCUCAUGGCAGCUCUUGAUGCGGAAAUUGGCGAGAAUAACGAUGUUUCUCGUUCAAAUGUUGAUAGUUAUAACGAUAUAAUGCAAUCUAAGACAACGGAGUUGAUCGCUGAAGAAUACCAUUUUGAUUCGUAAUUAUGUAUGUUUAAAUAAGGCUGGUGUCAUUUUUGAGGGUGGUCGACUGGUUUCAAUGUUGUCGGAGCCCAUAGAGGCAGAUUUAACUUAGAGACUGUACUUUUUUUUAAGGGUGGAAAUCGUCUAUUGGCUUCAUCCACCUUUGGUGAGGUGAGAGGGAGUGUCAGACUCUUACUGACUAAAAACCAGCCCGUUUCUACUUCUGCUUUUCGAGCCGGAGCCCCGGUAAAGCCGCUAGGUAGUCCGCAGCUCCGGUUUUCUUAACUACCUAAUAAGGAGUAGCAAUUGGGUGCCUCUUGCCCACACUAGGAUUUUCUCCUGUGUCGUGUGUGCGUUUACAAACAUACAAUUUCACAUACACAUUUUUUAGGCAAGCGUUGUUAUACGUGUGUUUUUACCAUCGACUUCAUUUUAUGGGCAGUACGCGCGUCUAGCGGCGCCUCUCUGUAACCUAGCGCCCUAGGCCACUAACUUAGUGUGCUUUAGGGAUCAUACGGCGGAGCUGCGGACUACUUAGCGUGUUACCGGGCUCCAGCUCGAAAAGCAGGAGUAGGAACGGGGUGGUUUUUAGACAGUAAGAGUCUGACACUCCCUCUCGCCUCACCCAAGGUGGGAAAAGUUAUUGGAUAUAGUUAUACGAAUAUAGAUGAUCAUAGAUUUCACGUAACUGUCACAAAUCGCGCAAACUUUUGUUUACCAGCGUCGAAGUCUAUGAUAGUCGUUCUAUAUCUGUUCUAUUCCAUUCUGUAAAGCAAACUCAUAUUAAGGGUACUGUAUAGGCGUUGUGUCGACCCGGGAUACAAACUUAAUACCAACAGAGGUUUAAGUACGAUUUUCUUUUUAAGUUUGUAAACUCGUACUAAGCGUGUAUAACGCUAUGUCUUGGCUUGAAACCAGUCGAGCUACCUCGAAAACUUUACGAGAUAAAUACCCGUUUUCAUCAACCUUUUCUAAACCUAUAGGUGACAUUUAACAUCAUUUUGUUUUUCACCAAACUAUAAGUGACACCUAAUAGUACAAGUUGGUUUAGGUGCUACAUCACACUAAGUAACUCUUAGUUAUUAAGAGUGGUCAAAGACAAAGUAAAUAUUAUAAUAUAGAAAAAACAAAAUGUCUGUCUGCCGGUCAGUCCUCUAAUUGCUCUAUUUGCUUGUUCCAAAAUGUAGAUUCCUAUGGAGAAAAACGAGCAAGAAACUUCAUAGGUUACUCUUUUUCAAUCAGAUUCACAAUACAAUACUUGGUUACAUUGUUUCGAUUGCUUCAAUUAUGUGAGAACAAUGUAACACUAAUAUUCAGUCAAAGAGAUCGAAAAAGAAAAUAACCUUAAGGACA